UGACUUGAUUGAAGAACAUCAAAAAUGAAUAGUCUUGGUGAGGAUUGUAAUGAACUCAAGCGCAAGUAUGACGCCUGUUUUAAUUUAUGGUUCUCUGAGCGAUUCCUUAAAGGCGACAAUGACGACAGCAUGUGUGCUCCUAUAUUCAAGGUUUAUCAGGAGUGUGUUAAGAAAGCAAUGGAGGAGCAGAAUAUUGAGUUACGCGAAAUUGAGGCGGAUUACAGCACGGGCGACUACAACGAGAAACCAGAACAUAGUAAAAGUUGACCUUUGCUUGAUAGCGAUUUUUCGGAAGAACCCCUAUCCCACAGGGG